UUAGUUCGGAAGAAAACGCGACUGGUGUUCGUUCGGGACGCGUACUGCGUUUCUGAGCCCAUGAGGGAGAGCGAGCGAAGCCAGAGGAAUGACUCGCCCUUCUGUAAAACUCCUCACAACUUUACUCGCAUGCUUGAUAGAAAUGCACAACUUCAGGAGAACGGCAGGAAAAGAGUACGAGGGAAUGUCUGGACGUGAAUCUUCAUCAUCGAUGUCUCCCUCAGAUUUCCUGGACAAACUGAUGGGCAGAACGUCAGGCUACGACGCACGGAUAAGACCCAACUUUAAAGGUCCUCCUGUGAACGUCACGUGCAAUAUAUUCAUCAACAGCUUCGGCUCAGUGGCAGAGACCACUAUGGACUACAGGGUGAACAUCUUCCUGCGGCAGAAGUGGAACGACCCUCGGCUGGCCUACAGCGAGUAUCCCGACUCCUCUCUGGAUCUGGACCCGUCCAUGCUGGACUCCAUCUGGAAACCAGACCUGUUCUUCGCCAACGAGAAGGGAGCCAACUUCCACGACGUCACGACGGAAAACAAGCUCCUGAGGAUCUUCAAGGAUGGGACCGUCCUGUACAGCAUCAGGCUGACGUUAAUAUUGUCCUGUCCGAUGGAUCUGAAGAACUUCCCGAUGGAUGCACAGACCUGCACCAUGCAGCUGGAGAGCUUCGGCUACACGAUGAACGACCUGAUCUUCGAGUGGCUUGAGAAAGGUCCGGUGCAGGUCGCCGAGGGUCUGACGUUACCGCAGUUCAUCAUCAGAGACGAGAAGGAGCUUGGCUUCUGCACCAAACACUACAACACAGGGAAGUUCACGUGCAUCGAGGUGAAGUUCCAGCUGGAGCGGCAGAUGGGAUAUUACCUGAUCCAGAUGUACAUCCCCAGCCUCCUCAUCGUCAUCCUCUCCUGGGUCUCCUUCUGGAUCCACAUGGACGCGGCUCCGGCGCGGGUCGCGCUCGGCAUCACCACCGUCCUCACCAUGACCACACAGAGCUCCGGCUCACGAGCCUCGCUGCCCAAGGUCAGAGAGUCUGGCGAGUCUCUCGUCCUGAAUGUCGCUGUUCUUUAUGGCCUCGUGCAGGUUUUUGGCUGCUCUGCUGUAAUCACCUCGAGCGCUGAAAACCCACUGGGGAGACAAACCACGCGACUGACAGACGGAGAAAGAGAGAUGAGACACUCAGCUCAAACACUGGAGCUUACAGUUCAGUCCUCAUAUACCUGGAAGUUCACGUGCAUCGAGGUGAAGUUCCUGCUGGAGCGGCAGAUGGGAUAUUACCUGAUCCAGAUGUACAUCCCCAGCCUCCUCAUCGUCAUCCUCUCCUGGGUUUCCUUCUGGAUCCACAUGGACGCGGCUCCGGCGCGGGUCGCGCUCGGCAUCACCACCAUCCUCACCAUGACCACACAGAGCUCCGGCUCACGAGCCUCGCUGCCCAAGGAAUUACAGGACGGUCGUCUGCAUCUCUCCGGAGAUAACACCAGCAUGAAGGACGAGACGGCGGUCAAAACCAGUCCUCGGCGGGCCGUCCUGAAGGACACGGACCUGAGCCGGAAGAAGUUUGUGGACCGAGCGAAGAGGAUCGACACCGUCUCGCGCGCCGCCUUCCCGCUGGCCUUCCUCAUCUUCAACAUCUUCUACUGGAUCACCUACAAGAUCAUCCGACACGAGAAGCCCUGAACACUGUCCCGGCAGCAUCGCAAUAUCUGA